AAAUUACAGUAGUGAAUUAGCAUCAUCAUCAUCCCCUUGAGGCUUGAGCCCAUUCGAUUGAGACGAACAAUGGCGCUAAAUCAUCAGAUCAACUGUUUCCCCAAGUGAAUCGCGUCAAACUCUGCAGGGUCAUGUGCAAAACUUCGUCGACCUGUUGAUCCAUUAUUCAUACAACACGAUUACUCAUUCAUUGUACGGAUUCGCGUUACUGGGUUUUCUGAUUUCCAUUUCCAUUACGCGCCAUUUGGAUUUAUUUAUUUAUUAUUAUUAUUUUUUUGAAUUUGUCAUUCAACGAAUUGGGGGUGUUGGGUUGUAGAUUUUUUUAUGGGUUUGAUGGUUAUUUGAUUCAAAUUAGGUUUCAUUAUUGAGCUUCUUGAUUUGUUAGUAUUGGUUUUGUUGUGUUUGAGAUCUAGUUCCCGUUGUGAGGUUAGGGCGGUUGGGUUAUGAGAUAUCGACAUGUCUGAGAAUCAUGAUCCAGAACAGGCGCUGCAGAGUUUAGGAAAUGGAGCUGAAUGGGUGGAAGGUGUGGUCAAUAUUAAUGUUGGGGAGUCAUCUUCUCAGAAUGACUCCGUUUUGCAGUCCUCUGAAGUUUCCACUGGAUUUUCUUCUUCUGAAUCCAACCGGGAAUCAACGUUGUCGCCAGUGGGUACUCUUACCGAAGGUGCAAAGAACUCUGGAAAAGAUGGUCCAGAUGGUACUGUUGUAGUCGAAGAUGCUGGAAAAGAAGAUAUGUUUGUGGACUGCCCGGACGAGUUAGUUGGCAAUGUUGAUAGCAGAGAAGUAGCAGCAGCUGCUGAAAUUCAAGGUAGUUUGAUGGAGGAAACGCCUUCUGAUAUGCAACAGGAAUUACAGUAUGAGGUGGAAAAGGUUUCUCCGAUGCACGAGGAAGAAAGAGAGACUUUUGUGCAAGAAUUUCUUAUCAUUUGUCGCCAACUCAAGGCUGCUACUAAUCAACCGUUGAUGCUCGAUUUUAGCGGCAGUCAUGGAAUCAAGCACGUGGAAGAAAACAAUCUGGGUACUAAUACCACAUUGAAAGACCUUGUCAAUGAAUGCUCACAAUUGGUUAAUAGAACUUUAGAUCAACGGUUGCAGUAUGAAGCUACUAUAGGAGAACUCCGUAAUAACCUUUUAGUGAAGGAUCAAGAGAUUGAAUAUCUUAAUGCAAAGGUUAUUGAAAUUUCAGUGUCUGAUCAAGUUGUUCGCUCUUAUGCAAAUUCAAUUGAAGAUUCUAUGAAAGUUUCAUCAGAAAAGGAGAGGGAUAUGGAAGCCACAUUAGAUAGAGUGUUAACUUCUCUCAACUCACUACUGAAUCAGGAACAUCUUCUUGAUGAUUCUAUAUCAGAAAAAACACUUAAUGUUGAAAGAAGCACUUCUCUGUUAAUUGAUAAUUAUAACAGAAUCCUUCUGGAUAUCAAUCAACUCCAAAAAUGUUUAUCUGGGACAGAGUCAGACAUCAUCGUUACAGACGUUGGAACAAUUUUGGCCUCUGCUCAGGAUGAUUUAAUUCGACUCAAAGCUAAAGAGGUAAGCAAUGUUGAAAAAAUUUAUCACCUGGAGGAUGAAAAUAGAAGAUUGGCAGAGGAGCUAGACAAUUGCAGGUUGAGAGCUGAAACUGUUAAUGGAGAACUUGGAAAGGCAAAGAGUGAGCUGGAGCAGGAAAGGAUGAGGUGUGCUAAUACCAAAGAAAAGUUAACAAUGGCUGUGACAAAAGGGAAGGCAUUAGUACAGAAACGUAAUUCAUUAGAGCAGUCUUUAGCUGAAAAGGUUAGAGAACUCGAAAAAGUUUCUGUCGAAUUACAAGAGAAAUCAAUUGCUUUGGAGGCUGCCGAACUAAUUAAGGUUGACUUGGCUAAAAAUGAUACUUUAGUUGCAUCACUUCGGGAAAAUUUGUUGCAAAGGAACACGAUCCUUGAAAGUUUUGAGGAUAUUAUAUCUCAACUUGAUGUUCCUCAGGAACUUAAAUCAGUGGACAGUAUGGAAAGACUCAAGUGGCUUGUGGGCGAGAAAAAGGUUCUAGAGGCUAUUUUAUUGGAGUUUUACAAAUUAAAAGAUGCUGUAAACUUAUCUGAUUGGCCAGAUUUGAUUGCACCUUAUGACCUGAAAUCUUCUGUUAGUUGGCUUAAGGAAGCAUUUUUUCAAGCUAAAGAUGAAAUAACGAUCUUGCAAGAUGAACUUGCUAAAACAAAAGAAGCAGCACAGGCAGAGAUUGACCGGAUAAGUGCAUUAGUUUUAAUCAGAUUACAGGAAAAGGACUAUCUCCAGGAGCAGUUGGAUGACUUGUCAAACAAAUACGAAGAAGCCAGGAUAAAAGAGCAUGAGAAUUCGUUGGAGAAGGCUCAAAUCAUAAAAAUGUUACAAGAAGAAUCUGGAGUGACAACAGAUAAUGGAGGGAUUAGUGAAACUUUGUUGGAUCUGAACUUGCUUGUUUACAAAUACAUUCAAAGGUUAAAAGAGCAGGCUUGUGCUUCUGCUGAAAUUUCUGGUGAAUAUGUGGAAUCUUUUGAAAAGGUUCAUACUCUUUUGUAUAUCAGUCAUCAAGAUUUGAUGCUCUAUGAUAUAAUACUGGGAGAGGAGUCUUCUAAUUUGAGUAAUUGCCAGACUAGGUUAAGAUUAAUAUCUGAAGAACAUAGAGAACUGAAGGAGGAAAAUGACUCUUUGCAGAAGGAUCUUCAGAGAUCAGAGGAGAAAUAUGCUAUGCUAAGGGAAAAGUUGUCCUUGGCAGUCAAGAAAGGCAAAGGACUGGUCCAGGACAGGGAAAAUAUGAAAAGUCUCUUGGAUGAUAAGAACUUAGAAAUAGAGAAGUUGAAACUACAAUUAAAUAGUCUAGAAUCUACAGUUGCUGAUUUCAGAAGUCAAAUCAAUUUGUUGUCUAUUGAUACACAACGCAUUCCGGAGUUGGAGUCUGAACUUGGUAUCUUAAAUGACAAAUGCAAUCAAUAUGAACAGUUCUUGUUGGAGAGCAAUAAUAUGUUACAGAAAGUAAUUGAAUCUAUCGAUGGAAUUGUUCUUCCUAUUAAUAUUGUUUUUGAAGAGCCUGUAGCUAAGCUGAAGUGGAUUUCAGAAUACAUUAGGGAAUCUCAUGAUGCUAAGACACGUACUGAACAAGAAUUGGAGAAUGUUAAAGAGGAAUCAAAUGCUAUGGAAAGUAAAUUAGGAGAUACUUUAGCUGCUAUGAAAUCAUUGGAAGAUGCAUUAUCAUCCGCGGAGAACAAUGUUUUUCAACUUUCCAAGGAUAAAGGGGAAAUAGAAUCUAGUAAGACACAAAUUGAACAGGAAUUACAGAAAGCAUUGGAUGAAGCCUAUUCUCAGUCCAGCAUGAUCUCUGCGGAAGCUUCUUCAUCUAUGAGUCUUCUUCAAGAGUCGCUAUCACUGGCAGAAAAUAAAAUAUCUGUGCUUGUCAAAGAGAAAGAAGAAGCUGAAGUCUGUAAGGUCACUGCAGAGACAGAGUCUAAGAAAGUCAAGGAGCAAGUAGCUGUUCAGACAGAUAGACUUGCAGAGGCCCAGGGAACUAUAAACAGAUUAGAAAAGACAUUGACUGAGCUUGAAACCAAUGUUGCUUUGCUGACGGAACAGAAUGCUGAAGCACAAAGUGCUAUAGAGAAGCUAGAGCAUGAGCGAAAGGUAUUGCAAGAGGAAGUAAGCUCUCAAGCUAGCAAAGUUGUUGAGGCAGUGGAAACAAGAAAAUCCUUGGAAGAUUCAUUACUUAAGGCAGAAAAUAAAAUUUCUAUAAUUGAAGGAGAGAGGAAAAUUUCUGAAAACGAGAUAUUUGCUCUAAAUUCCAAAUUAACUGCAUGCAUGGAAGAGUUGGCUGGGUCAAAUGGUAGCUUAGAAAGCAGAUCUGUAGAGUUUGCAGGCUACCUCAAUGAUCUUCAUAAGUUUAUUGCAGACGAGACAUUGUUGACUGUGGUGACUGGAUGCUUUGAGAAGAAGCUUGAGAGUCUAAGAGAGAUGGAUAUCAUUCUGAAGAACACCAGGAAUUGUCUUAUUAAUAGCGGCAUAAUAGACUCUCAUAAUCACCAUGCUGUCAUGGAUCUGAAUGGCAUGGAAAGCCUCUCUCAUGGAAAGCUCCUUGAUUUUGAUGUUGAAAGUGAAACUCGUAAGGCGGUUGUUGAAGAUGAUGUUGGUAAUAUUUCAUCAUCUUUCAGAAAGAUUCUGGAAGAAAUAUGGUUAAAGAACAAAAAAUUUACAGAUUAUUUUGAAGGUUUCUCCUCUUCAAUGGACGGGUUUGUUGCUGAUCUGUUAAAAAAUGUGCAAGCAACAAGGGAGGAAAUAGUUUUUGUGUGUGGACAUGUGGAGUCCUUGAAAGAGAUGGUGAAGAAUCUCGAAAUGCAUAAACAAGAACAAGAAAUUACCAGAGUGAUGUUGGAAAACGAUGUUUCACUUCUAAUAUCGGUUUGUGUUGACACAACUAAAGAACUUCAGUUUGAAAUGACCAACCAUCUACUUCUACUCAGCCCCGUUCCCGAUUUUGACAACUUGAAGGAUGCCAAACUCAUGGAAAGUAGUGAGACUAGUGGAGCUUCAGCUGUAGAGUCUCAAGUGAAAUCAUGUAGUAGCAAAUCAGCUGCCGCUGCAGAACAAUUAUUAACUGCUAUUAGAAAAGUUCGAUCUAUGUUUGAGCAGUUUGAGAGCACUAGCAAGGUUGCAGCUAGUAGAAUUCAAGAUAUGCAGCAUAGAUUGGAAAUAUCUGAGGCAACAACUGAAAAAGUUAAAGCGGAAAAGGACUUGAACCAAAAUUUGGUGGGUAAGUUGGAAACUGAUUUACAACUAUUACAGAGUACCUGUGAUGAAUUUAAGCGACAACUGGAGGCUUGUCAAGCAACCGAAGAAAAGUUAAAAGAAAGGGAAGCUGAAUUUUCAUCAUUGUAUAAUAGUAUGCUGGUGAAAGAACAAGAUGCAAAAGACUGCGUUUUGUCAACAAUGCAAAUGAAAGCCCUCUUUGAGAAAGUUAGAAGGACUGAGAUCUCUUUGCCUGACUCAGAACACCUAGAUCUGGAAGAAUAUGAUUCACCUGAUGUAAAGAAGCUCUUUUACCUAGCUGAUUAUGUUUCCGAGUUACAAAAUCAGCUCAACUUAUUAUCUCAUGACAAGCAAAAGCUGCAAUCUACAGUGACUACACAAAUACUUGAAUUUGAACAGCUGAAAGAGGAGUUUGACCGGGUAUCAAGGAAUCAACUUGAUUCAGAGAAGAUGAAGAAAGAUCUCUCGGAGAUUUCUUUAUCUUUGGUACAAAUGAUUAGUUCGUUGGAUAGUAACUACAAUGGAGAAUCGAAGUCAGAUGGCUUGAAGGGACUAGUAAGAACAUUAGGAAAGCAGAUUCUGGAUAUGCUCUCAGAAUCUGAAAAUUCAAAAACCAAAAUUGAGGAACUGAGUAAAAGGUUAAUAGGGAGCCAAAAAAUCAUAGAUGAACUAACUGCCAAGAAUACGCUACUUGAAGAGUCACUUCAAGGGCGGACAUCCCCACCAGAGAUCAUCAAAGAAAGGAGCAUUUUUGAAGCACCUUCCUUUCCAUCUGGAUCAGAGAUAUCAGAGAUUGAAGAUGCGGGACCAUCUGGGAAAAGUGCAAUACCACCUGUUCCACCAGCCUCAGCUGCCCAUGCACGAACUUUGCGAAAAGGUUCAACUGAUCAUCUUACGAUCGAUGUGGAAACAGAAUCUGAUCGUCUACUAGAAAAGGGCUUGGAAAGUGAUGAAGACAAAGGUCACGUGUUCAAAUCACUCAAUACAUCAGGUCUCAUCCCAAGACAAGGAAAACUUAUUGCAGAUCGAAUUGAUGGAAUUUGGGUUUCUGGCGGGCGAAUUUUAAUGAGUCGUCCAGGUGCAAGGCUCAGCCUCAUCACCUACUGUUUCUUGUUACACAUAUGGUUACUGGGAACCAUUUUGUGACCAAAUAGAAGACCAUCCACCACCUAAGGGAAUUUCCUUCAAGUGUUGGUAAUUUGUAUCAUGUACAUUGCAACCAUACUUUUCUUUUCUUUUUUUCUUGGUUCAUUUAUUGACUUCGUUAGAUUAUACCUAUUGUCACGCCUAUAUUUGAUUCUCGGAGCUCAACUUUUAGGAGUUCAGAGAACUUUCUUCUUUUUUGUAUUUGCUAGAUGAUAGAUCAAGUUAUAGAUGAAUAAUAGAAUAUAGGCCUUGAUACUUUUCCUUUUCAUUUCCAUUUCCAUUUCCAUUUCGGUUUCUUCGAUUGACCAUUUUCUUUAGUUUACAUGGUCAAUUGUGUAACUUUCUACGCUACCAAGACAUGAAGAAAAAGUACAAUGACCAAACUUAUUCCUA